AUGCAACUAUAUUCCUCUGAAAGUGAGUCAGACGAAUCACAAUAUUGGGUUGACUGGUUUUUGGGGCUUAAGGGCAAUGAGUUUUUUUGCGAAGUAGAUGAAGAUUAUAUACAAGAUCGAUUUAAUUUGACUGGUUUAAGCCAGGAAGUUCCUCAAUACUCUCAUGCUAUAGACUUAAUUUUGGACGUUUUGGAUCCUGAUUUGUCUGAAGAAAUCCAGGAUGAAGUGGAAGCUAGUGCCCGCCAUCUAUAUGGUCUGAUUCAUGCCCGUUAUAUUUUAACAGCUCAAGGGCUGUACAAAAUGCUUGAAAAAUACAAAAAAUGUGAUUUUGGUCAUUGUCCUCGUGUUUUAUGCAACGGUCAGCCUAUGCUACCAGUAGGUCUCUCUGACAUACCUCAUACGAAAUCUGUGAAGCUUUAUUGUGCUCGAUGUGAAGACGUAUAUACUCCAAAAUCACAACGACACGCUUCAAUCGAUGGUGCCUACUUUGGUACUUCUUUCCCUCAUAUGCUGUUCCAGGUUUAUCCUGAAUUGGCAGUCCCGAAGUCACAUGAAAGAUAUAUCCCUCGCAUCUUUGGAUUUAAAGUACAUUCUUACUCUGGAAUUUAUCGAAAACAAGACAACUAUAAGGAAAAGCAGAAAAAACGUCUUCAAGGGGAUAGUGCCGAUUCUAAGGAAGAAAACGUUGUAACUUAA